GAAAAUGAAAUCUGGUGCAGUAAUCUUUAGCUGGUCUCGUGCUUAGAUCUACUAGUUGUUAAUCGACAACAACUUACAUCCGCACUCUCAUAGGCCUAUAACAUUCAUCAUGAAGACUGUCUUAGCCUUGUUUCUUGUGUUGACUGUAGUUACUGUAAGGUCUCAAGUACCUAAGCCAUGUGUUGCCCCAUCGGCGAUGGAAGCCAGAAUAGUUGAGAUCGAUCCAUCUCGUGGUUUUGAAGUUCGCGCCAAAAUGUCAUACGAUUUCUACAAUCGUCGAGUCCGUAUAGUUGAUGAAGUAGUACAUUCCGACUCUAGGAAAGAAUUCAUGGACGUGCUCUUCCUGCAUGACGUGAGAAACAUGGAACGUGAAUAUGAAGUUCGCGCUAAGAUGUCUUACGAUGCCCGGAAUCUAAGAAAGCGUUACGUAGACGAAGUGUUCAUCAAUGGCGAUAAGCGUGACUAUUAUGACGUACUAUAUUUGCAUAAUGUUGGCAAAGAAUACCGAUUGAACUUCCAAACUAAAGUUUGCGAAGUGCUCCCAAUCUCACGUGAAUUCAGACCGAUUGGUAUCCCACUUAAUGGGACAUUUUACGGCGAGGCUACCAUUGGCAGCAAGGCGGAACACGGCGAGGGUGUCAACGUACAGGCAUGGGGAGGCGAUGCAGAGUUUGGCCGCUACAUUGGCGUAUGGACCUUGACUGGAUGCUUGCCGGUAAGAGAAGGUUACUAUAGCAACCAAACUGGUUUUAUCAAUACCGAGUUCUUCGACAUUACACUUGGAAUUAGCGACCCUAAUGUGUUUAUUCCACCACAAGAAUGCAUAAAUUAGAAACGUCUUUACUAUAGAAAGCGCUCUCAUAGCUGGACGAUGAUCGAUUACGCAUAAUAAAGAUACUGAAUCUGCCACUAUAAAAAUUAUGAAAACAAGCUAAAAAAUUAAAAUGAAAAAUUUAAUUGCUUAUUUUACAGGAACCACGUCAGUUAUAAACUUUCAAAAAUUCUGAGAUUAGAUUUUUUUAAAACAAUUUUCAAUUAUUAACUGACGUGCAGCUACGAUAUUAUUUAAAUCUGCUGCUAGAAGGUGAAAGAGUAAAUGCAAAUGUUAUUAGAAUAAUAAUAUAUUUGUUAAUUUUAUAUGAGAAACUGCUUUUUAAACAUAUUAAAAACUGUAAUCUUAAAAUUCUUAAUAAAUGUUGAAAAAAUUGAGCAAAUGUUCAAGGUAUUUGUAAUCAUAUUCUUGAAUAUAAAACAUAGUGCAGUACUACAAACUAGAUUGAAUUUGAAUUUGUGUAAGUUUUCUUUAAAUAGAUACCGGUCUUGUAGUACCAUGGAGGAAUUUCCUCCAUGGUAGUACAUUGGCGGGACAUUGGUCUAAAGCCUGGUUUCAUUAAAAUUCCUACAAUGUCGCUACAGUGUUUUCAGCGCAACCGUUAUACUGCGUAGCAGUCCCUGACGUAUGUAACCGACCAAUCAGCAUCACCGAAAGCUGUCGGCGAUAGCAGCGAUUGUAUGACGCCAAGCUUCAGCUUCACCGCAAACUGUCAGUGAUAGCGUGUAGCGAUUGUAUGGAAACCACGCUUAAGUAUCACCGAAAGCUGUCGUCGAUAGUAGCGUGUAGGGAUUGUACGGAAACCAAGCUUAACCAUAAUUAUUUUAUCAGAGUUUAUUGACAAUGUACUUUUAAUUGUAUAAAAUAUAUUUUGAUUUGAAAA